AUGAAUGGCUGGGAGGACAUUGUCGACCCCGACCUCAAACACUACGCAGCGCGAAAAACGGAGCUAACAGUACACCAGGGAUGCCAUCUCUGGGGAAUGAGGGUGAUAAUACCACCGAAACUACGGCGUGACUUGCUUAGUGAACUUCAUCAGGGACACAUCGGCGUUGUUAAGAUGAAAGCCGUAGCCCUCAGCUAUAUGUGGUGGCCCGGAUUAGAUCAGGACAUAGAACUGAUGUGCAAAACAUGUGCUGGAUGUCAGGAGGUUAAGCAUGCGACCCCUGGAGCACGUCUUCACCCGUGGGAGUGGCCGUCUCGACCUUGGCAUCGUGUCCACAUCGAUUUUGCGGGGCCAUUCUUGGAUUCAAUGUUUCUGAUCGCAGUUGAUGCGCACUCCAAGUGGCCUGAAGUGGUGCAGAUGAAGUCUACGACAGCCGAGAGAACAAUUGAAGUUCUCAGGACGAUCUUUGCUCGGAACGGCGUUCCUAGACAAAUCGUCAGCGACAACGGUCCGCAGUUCAAAUCUGAACUUUUCCAUAAUUUUAUGAGGUUAAACGGAAUCAAACACAUAACGUCUGCGCCAUAUCACCCAAGUACGAAUGGGUCGCUCAAUGCUGCUGAGAGAAACUACUCGCAGAUUGACAAGGAGGCGUUGGGGCUUGUAUGGGGUGUGAAACACUUCCACGACUACCUAUUUGGACGCAGGUUUACGCUGCUUACUGACCACAAGCCCCUGGUAGCUAUCUUCAAUCCGGAGAAAAGCAUACCGACAACAACAGCGUCACGAAUGCAACGAUACGCUCUGUUCUUGUCAGGUUUAACUUAUGACAUUGAGUACAAACACACCAAAGCGCACGGAAACGCGGACA